AUGCAACGGGGCGGCAUGGCCACGAUGGACUCGAAGCCCAUUAGAUCCAAGCUAGAAGGCGAAGUAGCGUACUUACAACGGAUACUAGUAGAGCAGCGGGAAGAGAAGGAGCUAGAAAUACAAGCGCUAAGGGAGACUUUGAACCAAAUAGUGACGCGUCAUGCGGAGGAGCUUCAGGCAGUGAACAGCCAAUGGGAGGGACUUGUGGGCACACUCAGAGACGAUGGCGAUGGGGAGCUGCCCGGCGGCGGAGCGCACACAGCCCAUAUUAAGGACCAAGCGAUGUUCUCCAAGAAGCUAGCUGCUCGAGCAGCAGCGGCAGCACUUGCGAUAGAUAGAAUGACUCCUACGUUAGACUCCGAUGCGGUUUACCGUGUGGGAUUAGCUGGAGCAGUGCGGUGCCCGCAUUGCGGAUGCGACAUUACUGACACUGUGCGGGACGCAGACGAGCCGGAGAGAUGCACGAGCAGUGACGAGAGGGAGGGGCGGAAAGGGCGAAGCGGAGAGGUGUCGUGCAUGGACGACGCCGCUGCCGGCCUCAGCAGCGUUGACGCGCCUCCGGCAGCCCUUGCCACCCGUGCGAUGAGCCUAGUUUCGUUGUGUGACUUCGGGUGGUCGUCUACAAGCGUGGGGAAAGAUCUGCCAGAGGGUGUUCGGCUUACCGCGGGAGGGCGUUGCGCGGACGGUGCUCGGCAGGCGAACGAGGCGUGGCUAUUGGAGCUGUUCGUGUCGCAGGUUCAUCGUGUGGCGGAGUGCAUGGAGGCCUAUUGCGGGAACGUGUCCCGCCGCCUUUCACGCCAGGGUUAUAGAACUGACCAUUUAGUGCUGGAGAUGGUGGGAGGAAAAUCGGCGCACCACGCGGACGAGGGCAGUGGGGCGGGUAGCGACGCGGAGAGCUGCCACAACUACCAGCAUAGUCGGCGGCGGGGGCGGCAUCGCAGCGAGUGCGCGUCGCUGCUGGACUGCGUGCUGAACAUCGCGAGCUGCGUGCUCUUCACGGACUUCGAGGCGGAGGACUUUGUGCGCGCGGGUUUCAGCCGCCUGCUCAGCAACGACGAGCGCUGCGCCGUGAAGCUUGCCAAAUUCCUGGCGCUCAAGGAAAAGGACCGCGCAGGCAGCUUCGACGCGAACCGCGAAGCCAAGUUCGCCCACUUCUGCUCUCGACGCCUGGAGGAGCUGGGCGAAUGGCUGCAGGCAGCGGCGCUGGCGGGGGGCCGCGAGCUGCCAGACGAGCGCAUGUCCACAGCGCUACUGGGCGACGAAGGCGACGAAUUCGCUGCGGCGUCGUCCGACUUCGUCAGCCUGUGUCGCGCUGUGCUCGGCCUGCACGAAGCCGCGUGGUCUUUUGGCUGUCCUCUCCGCAUCUCCCGCAUCCCCCCCAACGUCCCAUUUGAUCCAGCUUUGAUGCGACCCUAUACUUGGACAGAACCGACUGGUUUACCAGGCGAGCCCAGUGCAGGUGCAACUGCGGGGUUCAGCAUUUUUGGCACAGCUUCAGAAAGUGCCUUAAAGAGUGGGCUUACAAACAGUGCGAAGAAUGGAGGAGGUGGCAGCAGUGGAAUCGCUUCUGACAUUCCCUCACUGGUCCCGAGAUUUGGGACGUGGGAGCGUGCAGUCUAUGCAGCUGCGUCCUGCGUGCAUGCGAUUGAGUGUUUCAUCGACGCGCCGUUACUGGAGGUGGAGGACGGCCCGCAGCCCAUGAGCGCCAUCGGCGGGGAUCUCCGCCAUGACGGCGCGUCGCUGCGCCACGAGGGGUUGGCGCUGGAGAAGAACGCGGAGGCGCGGAGCCUCGUCGCCGUUCGCAACGCGCUGGAGGAGCUCGAGGCGCACCUGGAAUCGCUGCAGGACGUGAGUCCGGCGGAGCGCGAGUUGGCGCUGAUGGCGGUGGAGGCGAAGCGGCAGGAGCUGCUGCAGCACCUGCUGGCGCACCAGGGCCGCGAGUGGCAGGUGAGGGGAGAGUUGGGUGUGUGCGGCGAGACGCAAGCAAGGUCGCGCGGGGAUGCGGCGGGAGUGGCUCAGCGCAGCGCCGAUCUCCCUUCCCCAUCUCUCCCCCUUCCCCCCCCUCUUCCCCUUCUCCCCCCGCGGGGUGACCGCAAGCAGGUGGUUCAAGAGCUGCUGGGCUUCAUUGGCGACACGUCAGCACCGCGCACGGACCUCAGUCUGCCGCCGUACACGCACCCCACGGCGCCCGGCCCCCUGCCGCCGCUGUACCACACGUUCCACCACCAGCAGCUGCAGAACCACCCGCCCGCCUCCCUCGCCACCCCGCUGCCCGCGCCCCGCCGCCCCGCGCACGACCCGCCGCAACAGCAGACGACCCCGCAGGCCAAAGCGGUGGCGCAGCAGCAGCAGGGCAGGCGCGCGGAGGCACGCGCGCACUCUCAGCAUCAAAUUCCGGAGCAGCAGCAGCAGCAGCAGCAGCGGCGCGGGCAGCAGUCGCAGCACGGGCCGGCGGAUUCGUCGUCGAGCAUGUCGUCGUCGCGGCUGCUCGGCGCGCAGUUCGGCACGGCGUCGUCCACGUCGUCGCCCGCGCACGACGACGGCGAGGUGGACCAGGCGCACGGCAAGGGCGCAAUGCGCCCGGGGCAGGCGCGCGGAGGUAAACUGGCGCACAUGCAGCAGGGCAGUGACGGAGGUGAUGCGGGGAGGCAGGUGCGCUCCAUGGUGAGCGGAGAGGAGGGGUGGUGGUCGGAGGGGACUGGGCACGGGGCCACGUGUGCGGGGUGCAUGCGGGGUGAUGCGAGUGGCAGUGAGAGGGAGGAGCAGUCGUGGGGGAGUGAGGGAGUUGGGGUGAGAGGAGGCGGGUCGGUGAGCUGGCAGGGCACGCACGGGGAUGACAGCAGCACCGCUUGCAUGUGCUGCAGUGCGGCCGCUGCUGCGGGUGGUGGUGGCAGGAGCAGUGGGCUGACGAGCAACACAAGCCCAUACAUGUCAACAGCAGCAGGCAGGCCACGCAGGUCUGCUGCCGCCGCCAUGGCUGCACCUACCUCUCGCCCCUCCGCGACUCCUCCCGGCCCCACGGCGCUGCUGGGGUCUCUUGUGCAGCGCGUGCUGCUGCCGUCCUGCCAGCGCGCCGCAGGGGCCAUCUGGGGCGGGUUCCGCAUGGUGCUGGGGAGAGGAGGGGGUGUGGGCGCACAGGUGGCGAUGGUGACAGUGGGAGUGUGCGUGGGCGUGGGCGUCACUCUCGCUGCACGCAACCACCUGCCACUGCCGCACAGCCGCAAGCAACAGCAGCGCCACCACAAGAAGCAGCAUAGCAAGCAACACUCUCUGCCUGCCGCCUCUGCCUCUAAGCCGGUCACUGCAGCUGCCCCUGCUGCUGCCCUGUCUGCGGCCACUACAAAGACCAACCCCAGUCCCCCGCGCCUCUCGGAUGUCUCUCCUGCCGCCGCCGCUGCUGUCGCUGCCGCUGCCGCUGCUGCCGCAGCUGCUGCCACGCAGAGGGUGGGUGGGGUUGUGGCCGCGGACAAGGGCAGCGGGGAAGGUGGUGUGGGGCAGGGCAUGGGUGGCGGAGCAGGGAGCAAGAGUGGCGGUGGGAGUGGAGUGAUGGUGCCAUCUGUGGUGGUGUCUCGAGAGGCUGUGGUACCGCCAUGUGACGCCUUCCCUGCCACCAACCCCGCCUCCAACCUGCCCGCCUCCACUGCUCCCGCCACGCCGUCUGCAUCGUCCACCUCCCCUCGCUCCCAGCGCCAGCCCCUCGACGCCUUGGGUGCGGCGGAGGCGGCGGUGUCGCAGCUGGAGACGAGCCUAACGCCCAUCGUCGACCGCUGCUCGUCGCGCGCGCUCGCGGCGGACCUCGCGCCCAUGGACCGCGCCAAGGCGCAUCUGGUGACGGCGCACGCGGCGGCGUCGCUGUUCUGCCUCGUGCUGCGGUCGUACGGGAUGGCGCCCAGCGAGCACGGCGUCGCGAAGGACAUGGCGCGCAUCGACUCGUACGUCCACAAGGUGCGCCUCGCCGACACCGCCGGCGGCGCCGGCGACGGCGCGGUGGGCGCGCCGACGUCGUCGCUGAACGUAGCGGCGGCGAACCGGUUCAUCGUGCACGCGAUCCCGGACCUGACACCCGAGCAACGGCGGCUGGUGCGCGAAGCAGGGAAGAAACGACGGCCGCGCGGAGGGGAUGGUGGCGGGGAAGGGGCGGGGGGAGAGGGGGAGGAGGGAGGUGUGGGUGGGGGCGAGGCGGAGAGGGCGGGGAAGAAGGUGAAGAGCGUGCGACAGGCGGCAGAGGACUUUCUGGCCAUGGCGGCUGCUGACGUGGCGACGGAGGAGGGCGAGGAAAGAUAA